AUGAAGAUGAUCGAAUUGUGGGGUCAUAAAUUGGCAGAACAUCCCAAUGAGAAGAGUAUCAGAGCUUCGCACAGAGCGAGCAAACAUCUUUCUAUCAUUCAUGAUGCGUCAUAUUUCGGGUGGAUUAUGUUGUCAGGAGAAAAGGAAAAGUUAAUCAAGUUGAUGAACAGUGUAACCGAUCCUACAAUGCCUUCUGUAGGGAGUGAGAGAUAUUUGUCUGGAAAAAGACAAUGUUUCACUUACUUGUAUGAACAUCUGAGUUACCCAGCGCAUCUGAUAUCUCCUGUGAACCUACUUUGGGAGUCCAUCGCCAACGAUCAUGUAAGAAUUACAGAGAAGGUUCUCAUGUGGAUCCAUCCUAGUGCAUUUUGCGAAGCUUUUGCUGCAAUCGGUGAAGCCAUUAAAAACAUGGGUUUAGAAGACGACGUCUUGAUUGAAGAUCUUAGAGACGAGUUUUUGAUGUUUGAACUCACCGGUCCCAGAUCGACCGCUUUAUUACAAGCAGUGUUGGAUGUUUCCGAUGAAUGCGAAAAAGUGUCGACAAGCAACGAACCAACCGGUGAAGUUAUCGAAAAAGCACGCAUCAACAAUAAAGCACAUGAGUUCCACGUCUUUACCACCGGGAAUCGUGUUAGGAUUAACGGUGCUAGAUCCACGUCUGCGGUUGGUGUUCCACCACGUACAAACGAAGUAUCGGUGGUCUCUGAGAAGGCGUUGCGAGAAACAUUGAUACGGUGGCCGGAGGGUGUUGCGUCAUCCGAUUUGUGGGACAGCGACUUUAGGAAACUCCUACGUUCCAACAAGAUAUCGGACGGGGAAUUAAAUAAACGCCGAAGUAAUUUGAUUCUUCCUGGUCAAAAACUGACAUUCACACCGAGAGACGCUCUUGUUCCCAUAUUAUUGAUCCAACGCGACGAAUCAGAUAAUGUCGUGUCCGGUAGAACGAAAUUUCACGCAGAAUAUAAGGGCGGAUGGAAUGUCAUAAUUCCUUCUGGUUGGGGAAUGGAUUUUUGGAAGAGUUUUGUAUUCGCUGGUGCAUGGACCGCUGGCAACACAAAAUCUUUUGCCGCACAUUCCAAGUUGCGUAGGGAAGAGUUGGAGAAAGAAUACAAUAAGCGUCCGCCAUCGAAUCGGGUAAAUUAUAAAAUUAUGGGAAUCGAUUCGCCAUUCGAGCCACCGUUUGAUGUGUUGCUGGGAUUGUCAACUCUGGAAGAGUGUGGAGACGAUAAGUCACGAGAACAGAUGGGAUCGCAGAAUGAAGGGAAACAGGAUGAUGGAAAUGUUCGAAAGUUGGACAAAGAUCGACAGUCUUGGUUACUCAGAGGCAACAAAAACAUUAGAUUGCUAGAAAACCAUAGUUCAACGGAAGAUGGCGCCAUUGCAAAUGCACAAUACGAAGCCGAGUUAAAUUCAUCAUUAUUCGCUCAAAUAAUUAUGUCCUUUAACAAUCGCGGUAUCACUUUAAAUAACGAAGAAGUUGACAAAUUAAGGUUAAGAAUGGAUUUGAGCGUCGCCCUUGUGAAUGUUCGAGUUAUUUUUUUAGCCAAAGGAUCACCGGGAUACAAUUCCAUCAUUUAUAAGAUUUCAAGCAAGCGAGAUUAUGACACGUGGAUAGGAGAUUUGAGGGAUAGGAAGAGGAGCGAUGUUAUAGAUCCCGUGACCAGCGAAAACGAGAUGAAUUUUAGGAAAGAUGAGGCGGUCAUGAACUCGGCAUUGGAAGUUGUUCGUUAA